UGCGGGUUCUGUCAGCGGGCACUGUGCGGAAAUCCCGGCAGCGCUGGAUGGUGCGAGGGGGACCCGCCAGGACCCGCCGGCCGCCCCCAGGACCAGCUCGCCAACGGGAGCCGCCGCGCUCAGUGAGUGACGCCAGGAUGCGCGGCUCCCCAGUCCGCGGGAUCCGAGCAGCCGCCGCCAGCCUCCUGCUGAUCUGCUCGGCCGUCAAGGUGCCUGCAGUUUAUGUACAAGGAGCAGAAUUUCUUCCUGAGUUCACACUGAUCCGCAGGGAAAGUUAUCCUGAAGAAUCAGUGGGAGACCAAACCCUGAGCCACAAGUCUGAAGAUCAGAGUUGGCGGACAGCCCGCUCAGAGGAGGACGGAGAUUCACAAUGGGAUGCCUGGGGUCAGUGGAGUGAGUGCUCGCGGACCUGUGCUGGUGGUGCUUCAUACUCACUGCGCCGAUGUCUGAGUAGCCGAAACUGCGAAGGGCAGAAUAUCCGAUACAGGACAUGCAGCAGUGUGGACUGCCCUCCAGAAGCUGGGGAAUUUCGUGCUCAGCAAUGUUCCGCUCACAAUGAUGUCAAGUAUCAGGGUCAGUACUAUGAAUGGCUUCCUGUCUACAAUGACCCUGAGAAACCAUGUGCAUUGAAGUGUCUGGCAAAGGGAACAUCACUGAUUGUGGAACUGGCACCAAAAGUGCUUGAUGGUACCCGGUGUUAUACUGAGACUUUGCACAUGUGCAUCAGUGGAAAUUGCCAAGUUGUUGGUUGUGAUCACCAGCUGGGAAGCAGUGCCAAGGAAGAUAACUGUGGAAUCUGCAGCGGCAAUGGCUCCACUUGUAGACUUGUACGAGGACAGUACAAAUCUCAACUAUCAUCAAAUAAAUUGGAUGACACUAUCAUUGCCAUUCCAUAUGGAAGCCGGCAUGUCCGAAUUGUACUCAAAGGCCCAGACCAUCUGUAUUUGGAAACAAAGACUCUUUUGGGCCAGAAAGGGGAGAACAACCUCAGCAUGCCCGGAUCCUUCAGCAGUGUAAACACCAGCUUCGAUUUCCAGAAACUUCCAGACAAGGAGAUCCUGAGAGCAAAUGGACCACUUGGAGCAGAUGUUACUGUAAAGAUACAGUACGUGGGCACAGGAGAAAGUGUGGUCCAAUUUUUCUUUUACCAGCCAAUCAUACAUCAAUGGAGGGAAACCGAUUUCUUUCCCUGUUCUGUUACUUGUGGUGGAGGGUACCAGCUGACAUCGGCUGAAUGCUAUGAUCUGCGAAGCGAGCGUGUGGUGUCUGACCAGUACUGUCACUACUAUCCCGAAAAUGUAAAGCCCAAGCCCAAGUUGCGGGAGUGUAGCAUGGAUCCCUGUCCAGCCAGUGACGGCUACAAACAGAUCAUUCCUUUUGACCACUUCCACCCGCUUCCUCGGUGGGACAGUAGCCCUUGGACUGCCUGCUCAAGCUCAUGUGGAGGAGGUGUUCAGCUCCGCACUGUCUCCUGUGUAGAGGAAGACAUCAAUGGACAAAUCAACAAUGCAGAGGAAUGGAAGUGCAUGUACAUACAGAAAUUUCCCAUCAUGCAGCCCUGUAACCUCUUCGAUUGUCCUAAAUGGUUGUCACAGGAAUGGUCACCUUGUACAGUGACGUGUGGACAAGGCCUCAGAUAUCGGGUGGUCCUAUGUAUCGAUCACAGAGGACUGCAUGCUGGUGGCUGCAACCCCAAGACAAAACCUCAUGUUAAAGAAGAAUGCACGGUCAUGGUUCCGUGUUAUAAACCAAAAGAGAAACUCCCUGUGGAAGCAAAGCUGCCAUGGUACAGACAGGCGCAGGAGCUGGAGGAAUUGCUGGUUGUUUCCGAGGAGCCUUCCUUUAUUCCAGGACCCUGGUCUCCGUGCACCGCAACUUGUGGGCCUGGUACCCAGCUUCGAAACGUCAAAUGCCAGGUUCUGCUGCCCUUCUCACAGUCGGUAGAAGACUUGCCAGAUGAUGAAUGUGAAGGUCCCAAACCACAAACCAAACAAGGCUGCUACACGGGGCCAUGCAGCAGCGAAACAGGAGACUAUGAUCAUGCGGAGACUGAUCUGUUGUAUGACAACCAACAGGACCUGGAAGAUCUGUAUGCUUGGGAAUAUAAGGGCUUCACGGAAUGCUCAGAGUCAUGUGCAGGAGGUGUUCAAGAGGCAAUAGUGAUUUGCCUGAAUAAACAGACGAGGGAGACAGCAGAUGAAAGUCUGUGCAGACUCCAGGUCCGUCCCCCACAACUGCUUAAAGUCUGCAGGCUGGGACCCUGUCCUCCCAGGUGGGAACUUGGAAAGUGGAGUGCCUGUUCGUCCAGCUGUGGGGUCGGUCUACAGACCAGGGAUGUCUUCUGUAUGCACCUCUUAUCUCAUGAAACUAACGAGACAGUGACCCUCGAGGAUAAGAACUGUUCACAGUCAAAGCCAGACAACGUGCAAGCUUGCAAUCACAUCAGUUGUCCCCCAGACUGGCACUCUGAGGAGUGGCAACAGUGUUCACAGAGCUGUGGCCGUGGUAUACAGAUACGACGGAUCUCCUGCAAACAGAGAAUGGCUGAUGGGAGUUUCAGGUACCUGGCUGAGGAAUUCUGCCUCACUCCUAAACCGGAUGGUCGUCAGCUCUGUGCAGGAAUAGACUGCCCAACUCAGUGGUUUCCUUCUGAAUGGUCACAGUGUUCCACUACCUGUGGGGAAGGUACACAGAGACGUGAUGUAGUUUGCAAGAAGAUGGGCUACGGUGGGAUUUCCGUCACUCUAAAUGCUUCAGAUUGCUCCAGUCUCUCUCGUCCACCACAGCUCCAAGCUUGCUUCAUCAUGCCCUGUGCUACUCCAGGAGUGUAUAGAAAGGAGAACAAACCUCUUCAUCGACAUGGACCUCAUAUACUCGGGCUUCGAAAAAUCUAUGUCCAGCUGAGGAAAGAAAGGAAACUUCAGUUCAGCAUUGGUGGACAGGCGUAUCUGCUUCCCAAAACGUCUGUGCUCAUCAGGUGUCCUGUUAGAAGAUUUCGAAAAUCCAUGAUAAAAUGGGAGAAAGAUGGAAAACAUUUAUCAAGUUCUACCCAUGUCACAAUUACUCAUUUCGGUUAUAUCAAAAUAAACCAGCUGCAGCCAAUAAAUGUUGGUACCUAUACAUGUGUAGCAGGAUCUGCACGUGAUCAUUUCGUGAUUAAAAUAAUUGGGAGCAAUAAUAAACUGGUUGAGGGGCCAUCAGCCAGCAGACAGGAAGAGGUCGCUGGACUCUCAAACGAAGCACUGAGUCCUAAAGACAAGCAUCCACCUGGGGUGAGGAGGAACAAGACGGAUAAAAAUCGAUCCUUCAUUAAUCCCCAUGCUCAAUAUGAUGGAAUUAUUCUUAAGCUGCUUGAAAUAAAAGGUUGGCCUCAGGAGAGUCUGGAUUCAAGGGAAUCACAGGAGUCCACAGAAAAGGACUUUGUUUCUAUAGAGGAUGCUAGUGUGGAAUCCAUCAUUCCCCUAACCUUUGUGAUAGAUCAGGAGAGACUGGAUGAAAUCAGCAGGGCCAUAUCAAAGCAGAGUGAUGAUCUAAAGGAUGUUUAUGCUACCCAUGUUAUUGCCCAGUUAAUUGGUGAAAUUUCCAAGGUCCAGCCAGAUGCCAAUGAAUCCAAGCUGAAACUCAGUGAGAGAAACAAAUGUACUAGUUCAGUGGAGUGUUCCUUCCAUAAAAUUACUACUGAUGACCAUGGAUUAUCAAAAUUAUCUUCAGUGGAACAGUCCAGUUCCAAGGGAUCAAUUCAUACAUCUACAGAACUAUUCAAGGUGCCAGUAAUACGGCAGAAGAUCAAUGGUAAGCCAUUAGCUUCAUCAGCCGAGGUCAUUGCUGAAGUAGGCCGCACAGUACUGCUGGCCAGCUGGACUCGAUCAUUGACACUGAGGUGUGAAGCAGAGGGAAAUCCAAAACCACUCAUCAGCUGGACAAAGAAUGGCCAGUUGUUAAAAUACAGCCAGAGAAUUAAAAUUCUUCCAGACCAGGCCUUGCAAAUACUUCAUCCAAAUGAAUCUGAUGUUGGAGUCUAUAAUUGCACUGCUACCAACCCCAUUGGUUUGGAUUCACGCUCAUCCAAUGUUGCUGUUACAGGGAAGCCAGUAAUUAGAAUGUCCAAACAUGACUUGGUGAAUAUUAAUUCAACAUCUGUCAGUGUGGAUGUGGGCAGUGUUGUGAUAGCAAGGGUAGGAGCCAAUAUCACAAUCAAGUGCCAAGUCAAUGGUCUUCCCAAGCCCUCGGUUACCUGGACAAAGGAACGGAUGCCACUUGGUGCAAAUGUUCAGCGUUUCCAGGACGGAUCCCUCUCAAUAACCAAAGCCAGUCCAGCUCACCAGGGAUUAUACUCCUGUGUGGCGUUAAAUACUCAAGGCCAGGCAACAGCAGCAACCAAACUGAUCUUACAUGACCCCCCAAGAGCCUUUCCAGAAUUUAAAGACUUGAUGCUGAAGUUGGCAGUUACAGGGUAUGACUUUCAUGCUGUUCUUGCCUCUAGUCCUGGGACCAAAGAGUUGCUGAGUACAGGAAGCAAUGUUCUGAUUGGUUGUCCUGUUAAAGGAUUUCCGAAGCCUGGCAUCAGCUGGUUACACAAUGGCAAACCCAUAAGCAUGGGAUUAGGUCCAGGCCAAGUCCUAGCUUUACAACAGAUCCUCCAAAUACCAAAUAUCACUAAAGGACUCCAAGGAGAUUACAGCUGUCGAGCUCAGAAUGAAGCUGGAACUCUCACACUAAAGGUGACAGUGGAGAUAGCAGAGUAUAAGUGGCUGAUUGGCGGCCUGUUACCAUGCUCAGCUCCAUGUGGGAAUAAAGGCUUGAAGUUUCCAAAGCUAAAGUGUCUGCAGGAUAAUGGCACUGAGGUUGACAAGUCUCACUGCAAGGGCAAGCUUCACCCAGACUUUCAGCCCAUUGAAUGUAACAUAAGGGAUUGUCCUCCAAGGUGGACUGUGACCAGCUGGUCCCCUUGUUCCCAGCUCUGCGGGGGAGGGACACGGAAUCGACUGGUCAGUUGUCAGAAGGUAACAGCAGGUGGAAUACUCAUCGAUCUGUUGCCUGGCUUCUGUGCUCAGUCGGGAAACAAACCACUGGAUUCCCAGACCUGUGACAAGCAACUGUGCUCACAAUGGGUUACAUCAAACUGGAGCCAGUGCAAUGGCCAGUGUGUGGGGCUGAGGCUGGGCACCCAACAUCGCCAUGUGGUCUGCCAGGCACAGAAUGGGACCAGAUUACCUUCUCGGCACUGCAACGGUAGCACAAGGCCAGUCAGCACACGGAACUGUACCUCAGAUGUCUGCACAGUCCAAUGGCGGAGUAGCUCCUGGACACCAUGUACAUCUUCCUGUGGAAAUUAUGGCUUCCAAUCCAGACGGGUCGAAUGUGUACAUCUACGCACAAACAGGCACGCAAGGGAGCAGCUCUGCUUGUGGAAGCAGAGGCCAGUGACUGGCAGCGGUGUUGACAUCAUCCCUUGUGAAAAAUCGGAAUGCAGAGACACAACCAGAUACUGUGAAAUGGUAAAGCGGCUAAGACUCUGCCUCUUACCCCAGUACAAACUGCGCUGUUGUGAAUCCUGCAGUGGGAUCUGAAGAUGGCAGCUACACUACAAUUCAUCCUGAAACAUCGAAGUGACGGGCAGAACAAACUUGAAUUUGUCUCAUUGUUUUGAAAUUUCAAAAGUGCUGCCUGUGCUUUUUUUUCUGAAAGACAGAUGAUUAUUGAAGAGAGUGUCUGCAUUCAAAUAGGCAAGAAUCUGUCAGCUGCCAUUCCAGCUGUUACGAUAUAUUUAGACACACUGUACAUUCCUUUAUUGCCUUUAUGCUUUGGAGGAGGGCUUUAGCCUUUUGGAUGAGUGCUUUUGUUGCACUGACAAUGACGCUGGACAACAGCACCUGUAUUACUUUGAGAAUAACUUUGACCACCUUCCUUAAUUUUCCUGUCAAUGCCCAAGGGAAAUGUAUAAACAUUCUGCUGUAGCUGUUUUGUGGGAAUUUCUGCUCAGACCUGUUGUGGACUGAUGCAAAGAAACCAACUAAAUUACACAGAAGGACACCGGCUAGGCACAGUACUAUGAAGAGAAGCAAAUGGACCAAAAGAUAACACAUAGUGUUGGGCUGCAUUGGAAAAGAAAUCCAGUAUUUUGGAGAGAAAGAGAGAGGGCAAUGGCUUAUUAUUUUCUUUUUAUACCUAUCAUAGAUCGAACCAACUAAUCGAGUAUUGUUCACUAGAAUUCUUGAUCGAGGAUCCUGAUCCUCCUAGGGUUAAAGGUGAAUUCUAUCUUUCUAGUGUAAUGUGACACUGAACUCUGCAGCACUGUCCCAGUGAAAGCAGGACAAGCAUUUGGGAUAAUCUAAAAAUUAGGAAUAGCACAUUUAAGAUCAAAGGAACAAUUGGAAAAUUCAGCGAAAACUAACCAUUCAAUGGCUAAAAAGUGAAUGGCAGGAAUAAACAAUGUGGAAGGCACAAACAUCUGUCCCAACACCUCAUGCAUGGCAUGUUGCAGCAGUCCAUUGGAAAGGGUGAGAAAUAUUUUGACAGUAAGCUGUAUUCUGCCCAGCGUUUUUUGCAAAAUAACCCUGCCAUCACUGGUUAAGUUAAAAUUAUCUCAUUAAAUUGAUUUCCCUCUCCUUUUACCCUAUUUUCUAUUUUGUUUUCAACACUCUACAUCAGAAAUUGAGAAGGAUUGUUGUGACAAUUGAUUUGGUGGGUUAUACUGAUGGCUACAUUUAUUUACCUAAACUUAUCUUUUGUCCCAGCUGUCUGCCUUUAUCAUUGCAUUUUACCUCCAGUUCCGGCUAUUCAUUGCCUGACCAUUUCCCAGCCAAACAGGAUUGUAGGCAGAUGGCAUUAGCAAUUCAGAGGUAUCUAAUCACAGCCACUGACUGAGUCAGAAGCUCACUGUCUCUCAGUACUGCACAACUUGCCUCAACGAUCAGAGCACCAAUGUGCUUCAACGUAUGGUAAAAACUGGAAAUAAAUUUAACCCCACCUCCUCCAAAUUAUUCACCAGUUUCUAAGUAGCUGGAUUUUGGAAUUAGAUUUAGAAUUGGUUUAUUAUUGUCACAUGUACCGAGGUACAGUGAAAAACUUAACUUGCAGACUGUUCAUACAGAUCAAUUCAUUACACAGUGCAAUGAGGUAGUACAAUGUAAAAUACCUUAUCAUUUAAAGUAUAUUUGCAUAUUAUUGUCAUUGCUACAGAUCUCCCCAAGCCAUAUGUUGUUUCAACGAAGAAUGUGUACUGAUAUCUGUACUGAUGUAAGAGUGACCCAGGAAGGUUGUCCUUGAUUCUCUGCGAGGAAGUCUUCUAUUUUCACUCAUCACUUAGCUGCAGAGUAGGAAUUCAAUUUGCAAAAACGUAAUUUCUAAGCUAUCUCACUGAGCAGUGAAGCGCAUCGCAUUAUUAUCACAUCCUCCUAAUUUCCUGUCCUCAUUGAGAGAGAUUUGCAGUCUUUAUACAUGAUCAAGUGUCUCAACUAAUAUAAGCCAGGUGAAUGAUUCCUGACUCCAUGUUAUGCUCUCUUUCUUCUUGUAAAAUCUAAGCAUUUCUAAAAUGUUUUAAAAACACUAUGCCCUUGAUUGAAUCAAUGUAAUUCUCGUGCAGAUUAACAGUUAUAGUGAGCGAGAACACUGAUCUCAAGAUCAUCUUGAUGUGGUCAAGAUUAGGAUAUCAAUUAUAUGACUUGUUAAAAAUGCUGCUUCUUACAAUCAAGCCCCAGGCCAGUUACUAUAGUGUAUAGAACAAUUAUUGCCAUGUCUUUCCACACUUGGAAGAGCAGCUCUUAUUUCAGCUAAGUGGGUCUGAAGUCUAAGCGAGUUAGUUCAUUAAAUGUAUGUAUAAUUUAAGAUCAGACCUUUGUAAAAUAAGCUCUGUACCUAUUUAUUAGAAAGUCUUGUUGAAAAUGUGCAAUAUACUUUAACUGUACAUUACAUUGUCCAGAAAAUACUAUUUUUGGGGAACUUUUAUUUUCUUAUUACCAAAGCCUUUUUUGUUACAUUUUUUUCCAGGAGAAUUUGAAUUUUUCAUUUUAAUAGUAAUUCCAUUGAAUACCUUUUUACUCAUUGUUUAACAUUUCACUGCUGGAAGUUUCAUCCUUAAUUGUUGAAAUAUGCAAUACAUUCUCAACAUUACUCUUCCAGUUUCAUUCCUAUUGAUAACUAGUUUGCCAGACUUGUUGCUAUGUACAUAAUCCCAUGUUUCCUCUAGGGCAACCAUUUACUGAUCAGAAACAGUAUACGGAGAGAAUAUUCCUUGAUAUUAUGGAAGAAUUUGUUCAUUUGACUAAAUCAUAUUGGAUUUCAUUGGGGAAAGUCUUACUACAUGACUAACAUUAGAGGAAACAUGGAUUAGGUAUCCCAUUUAUAAUGGCUUGUGUUCCUAAGUUCAACUGUGGGUCACAGGUGUAGUUAUAGCUUCCAGAUCAGUUGAUUGAAUUUCUUGUGAAUGUACUUUAGUUUUAUCCUGUGACAAGGACCCAGUGACACUUCUCUAAUGUCAAUGUUGCUGGAUAAAGUCUGAGAUUACGUACAAGAAGUCUGUUUAUGUUUUUUUGUACUAAGCCUACUGAGAUCAAAUUUAUUGAAUUAAAAUGUUUUGCUCUGUGCGUUUCAUAA